AUGAAGUCUAUGAUCAAUGAAAACAUCGGCACUUUGCCAGCACAACCACCAAAGAUCUCAAACAAUGUCAUGACAUUAUUCUCACUCAAGGGCAAAGUAGCUUCGGUGACUGGUUCUUCCGGAGGAAUUGGCUAUGCUGUUGCCGAGGCCUACGCCCAAGCUGGCGCCGAUGUGGCCAUCUGGUACAACUCCAAGCCUUCCGACGAGAAGGCCGAGCACUUGGCUAAAACCUACGGCAUCAAGUGUAAGGCAUACAAGUGUAACGUGUCGGAUCCCGCUGAUGUCGAAAAGACUGUUUUGCAAAUCGAGAAGGACUUUGGGAGAAUAGACAUCUUCGUGGCCAAUGCCGGUAAGCCCUGGACCAGUGGACCUGCUAUUGAUGCUGAGGGACUCGAUUCUUGGCACGAGGUGGUGGACUUGGACUUCAGUGGAGUGUUCUACUGCGCCAAGGCUGCGGGAAAGAUCUUUGAAAAACAAGGAAAGGGCUCUCUUAUCAUCACCGCGUCUAUGUCUGGUCACAUAGUGAACGUGCCGCAAAUGCAGGCUCCAUACAACGCUGCCAAGGCUGCCUGUUUGCACUUGUCCAAAUCGUUGGCUGUCGAAUGGGCUCAUUUCGCCCGUGUUAACACGGUGUCGCCCGGCUACAUCAAAACGGAAAUCUCCGACUUUGUUCCACCAGAAAUGAAGGAAAAAUGGUGGCAAUUGACCCCAAUGGGCAGAGAAGGUGAGACGCAGGAAUUGGUGGGUGCAUACUUGUACCUCGCAUCCGAUGCUUCUACUUACACCACAGGCACAGAUAUCAUUGUGGAUGGCGGCUACUGUGCGCCAUAA